GGCAGCCCCGCGGGGGGGGCGGGAGGGGGGAACCGAAGGAGAACGGCAAACCCCAAAGCAUUCCGAGCUAAGAGCCGAGAUGCGCCGUCCGUAACCCGCAGAGCUAGGGCAGGUUGUUCGUUUGGCCAAACACCUGAGCAAUAAAGCACGACCGAACAAUUGAGAGCGGGAGGGCGGGCGGACGGGGCAGCGCAAAGUUUGCCGGAGUUGGGGUCUGCCGGGGGGGGCGGGCGCGAUGCCGCCCUGGCUGCUCGGUAGCCUCUGCUGCGUGCUGGCGGCGCGGGCGGCGCUGGGCGGCGACCCCGCGGGCGCGGAGGCGGCGGAGGAGGAGGAGGAGAAGCUGAUCCGGGUGCUGGUGCUGCUGCCGCAGGACGACGCCUACCUCUUCUCGCUGGGGCGGGUGCGGCCGGCCAUCGAGUACGCGGUGCGGAGCCUGCGGGAGAGCGGCGCCGGCCUGCCGCCCGGCUACGCCUUCCAGCUCACCUACGAGGACUCGGCGUGCGGCAACCGCGCCCUCUUCAGCCUGGUGGACAUGGUGGCCCUGCAGCGCCGCCGGCCCGACCUGCUGCUGGGGCCCGUCUGCGAGUACGCGGCGGCGCCGGUGGCGCGGCUGGCGGCUCACUGGGACGUGCCCAUGCUGUCGGCGGGGGCGCUGGCCGCCGGCUUCGGGGCCAAGGGCGGCGAGUACUCGCACCUCACCCGCGUGGCCCCCGCCUACGCCAAGAUGGGCGAGAUGCUGCUGGCCCUGUUCCGCCACCACCAGUGGAGCCGCGCCACGCUGCUCUACAGCGACAGCAACCCCGAGCGCAGCUGCUACUUCGCCAUGGAAGGCGUCCAUGUGGUCUUCCAGGAUGAAGCCUUCCACAUGGCCGUGCACAGCUUCGACGAGACCAGCCGCCACCUCGACAUCGAUGAUGUCGUUCGUGCCCUGCAGGCUGGCGAGAGGGUUGUAAUCAUGUGUGCCAGCGGUGACACAAUCAGGAACAUCAUGUUGGCUGCUCAUCGGCAAGGAAUGACCAAUGGGGACUAUGCUUUCUUCAAUAUUGAGCUCUUCAACAGCUCAUCAUAUGGAAAUGGCUCUUGGAGGAGAGGAGACAAGCAUGAUCUUGAAGCAAAGAAGGCAUACUCAUACCUCCAAACAAUCACACUGCUGAGGACUGUGAAGCCUGAGUUUGAGAAGUUUUCCCUAGAAGUGAAAAGUUCUGUUCAGAAGCAAGGUCUGCAUGAGGAUGACUAUGUGAACAUGUUUGUGGAAGGAUUCCACGAUGCUAUUCUUCUUUAUGCUCUGGCUUUGCAGGAGGUCCUGAAGUUUGGUUUCAGUAAGAAAGAUGGGGAAAAAAUUGUUCAGCAAACACGUAAUAGAACAUAUGAAGGCAUUGCAGGGCAGGUGUCCAUUGAUGCCAAUGGGGACAGAUACGGGGAUUUCUCAGUGAUUGCAAUGACAGACCCAGAGACUGGCACACAGGAGGUGAUCGGAGACUACUAUGGAAAGCAGGGGCGUUUUGAGAUUCGAUCAAAUGUAAAAUAUCCUUGGAAUCACGGCAGGCUGAGAAUAGAUGAAAGCCGAGUUUCGGAACACACAAACAAUACACCAUGUAAAUCAUCAGGUGGUCUAGGAGAAUCCGCAGUUACAGGAAUCGUUGUGGGUGCCUUACUUGGAGCAGGAUUGCUAAUGGCUUUCUACUUUUUCAGAAAGAAGUACAGAAUAACUAUUGAGAGACGAACUCAACAGGAGGACUGUAACAUGGGGAAACAUCGGCAGUUACGCGAAGACUCCAUUAGAUCUCAUUUCUCUGCCGCGUAAAGAAGACAAAUAAUCCCAUUCUUCCUGGGGGGGAGGAAAAAAAAAGGAAAAAAAAAAAAAAAAAGAAUUAGGGGAAUGGGCACAACCAAAGACAUCAGUGUAAGAAGAAGAGGCUCUUGAGGAACUCACACUUUUAAGCAGUAAUUUUGUCUUAAUUUUUUUUUUCAGAAGCUCAGGAAUGAUUUACUAAUCACAUUAUGCCGCAUGGCCUUUCAUCUCAUGAACAAAAAUGACGCAGUUUGAUGUUAUAGGAUGUACUUAAUAUGUAAAGACAAUAUUUGUUAAUCAUGUAUUACAAACAGCAGAUAUGUGUUUAAUUGAUGGGGAUUCCGCAUUCUGUUUCCCGUUUUUUUUUAGCUCCUUCCGCCGCCCUCCUUAGUUGCACCUCACUCGUGGGUAUCAAAUACAGAUUUGCAGACACAAAUGCUGGUUUGCUGUCAAAAUGAAAGAGUCGGUUAAUGUGGGGUAUGAUCCUGCAUCACUGAUUUGUUGUGCCUGACUAUGGGAAAUGCAGGAUUGCACCUAUGGAGUUCGGUCCUGAGAGGGAGCUGGUACUUUGGAUGUAAUGAACUCUGUUGACAAUCAGGGAGGUGGAAACACUCAUGAAUCGUUCUUCCCUUGUUUGUGUAGCAUUAGGAAAAGUACUGAUUCUCCCUUUUAUGUACUGGGAGUUUAGAAAAACUCCAGGAAGGAUGUGGAGUUUCCCUGGUAUGAAGUAGUGAAAGAGAAGAGGCCUCCAGAGCAGAUGGGCUACUUCCGCAGUCUUAUAUUUGGUUUUAUUGUGCUCUUUUCUCUCCACUGCCAUCACCUUUCAGAGAGGCAAACACAGUCCAUGUGGGACCUGUUCCUGUUCCCAAUGAAGUUAGUGGCAAAAUCCCAUUGACUUCAGUGAGCACAGUAUUGCAUCCAAAAUAUGUAAAUACAAAGGAGUUUGUAUAGCUGAGACAGUUCAAAAGAGGGUCUUUUUUGUGUGUAAAAAUGACAUUAAUGCUACCAUUUUAGUUUUAGGAUAUUUUUUAUCUUGUAUUUUUCUAUUAAAAUAUCUAUUUUUGCUUUGUUAGGAUUAAAACUUAAGGGGGAUAAUGUUUUGAGGACAUAUUUUUUAUGAUAAGGGUAACAUGCAGGGAAAGUCAGCAACGGUAUAUGCAUUUUAGAACCAAUAGUUAGGGGAGAAGAAGUGACUUUAUGGAUAGCAACAAACUUUUUAACCCCUUUCUUCUCCAGGCAUAUGUGUCCUGCAUACAGUUAUUUAAACAAUAUGAUUGCAGUUACCAGAUUGCUUAUACAGUGAUGACACUGAUCCUGAAGAUAAUGAACUAUGUGUGUUAAAUAGUCCCGCAUUAGUCAGUGAGACCAAAUUCACCUUUGUAUGAUUAAACACACUAUCUUCAGGAAUCAGGAUGGUAAAACACUACUCUAUGACUGAAUUUAAUCUCGCUGCCAUUAGUAUGCUUGGGAACUUUGCCAUUGACUUUACCAAGAGCAAAACUGAAUCUGUGAUGAAUUAGCUACUGACAGGUUAUUUCAUGUUAGACAGAUGAGAGGUCUUUCUAGUCAAGAAACGGAAAUGAACAGCACGUAACAUAAGUGAUGAAGAUGACCUGUAAAAAUACUGCCUGUGAGAAAACCCAGCUAUGACUAUGAUUGUAAUGCGUGAAAUCCUCUGGCUUAUCUUAUUCUGAUUUCAUAAGCAGAACUUUUCUGCUCAUGAGUCUCAGGAGUCUCAGGAGUCAUAGUCAGACUUUACACAAUUGCUGUUCUCAAAACUGGCACCACAGCCUGUGUUCUACAAAACUUUUGUAUUCUUGAGAAGCCAGAGUGAAAAUUCAGAGAAACCAUUUUGCCAUGGCUGGAAGUGAACGAAGAGCAAAAACUGGCUUUGGUUCCUUUCUGCUGUCUUUCGUUGGUGGGGAAACGCUCUGUGGAAUAAUAUAUUGGACUGUUUUUGCUACUUCUUUCACUGCACUAUCUUUUAGCAUAUGCAGUGGUCAGCACCUGCUUGCUGAUGAUCAGGAGAGCAGAAGGAUCAGUGAUGGCCAUAAACUGGGUAGAUUUUAGGAUUUUAGGCAUCUGUAGGAUUUCCUAUAAUAGCCAUUAUUCGCAUGGUAGAUUUAUAUCAUCCCAUUUUCCAUUUAAAGCCUGUAUGACUUCUUCAAAGGAAUGAUACCCAAAGUAACACUGAGGCUAAUGGGCAGUUUUCUGAAGUAGACUCCUUGUCUCAGGGGCACCAUAGAUGGGUGUAGGCUGGAACAGCAUUCAUACCGUCAUAGAGUGGGAGAGAAAAAGACUUCCUGAUUCAUUUCUGGAAGUUUUUUUAAAGUAAUUGAGUUAAUAUAGUCAGUGGGAAUGGUUUUGUUUGUUUGUAGUCCUUGGUUGGUUGGUUGGAUUUAAAGAAAAAAAAAAGCUAAUUUCAGAGAUAACUUUGAUCUGCUUUUGUUUUGCAAGUAAGCCCUUAAUUGUUUUAAUUUCUUUUAUCCUUUAGACUACUUUGCCAUAGCUAAACUGAAGGAAAAAAUUUAAUCAUGUAUAGAAAAAGGGUAAGUUGGUGCACAGCUGUGAAUUUUUCCCACAGAAGCGUGGAGAUCGUGUGAGGUGUUUCACAUAAGUACAUUCCUCUAUAGCAUAAACAAACUUGCCCUUCGUAGCUGCCCUCCACAGGCCUCAUGCUAAUCCUUCACAGGUCUUCCAAGAACCACAGAUGAAAAACUGCUUUGAGUUUACAUUAUUCAUCAGAGGUUCUUUACUAUCUAAUGCCCUUUUCCUUUUUGGUUCAUAUGCGUUAGCUCAGUGCCACAACAUUUAGGCUUUAAACUCGGUAAGGAAAUGUUAAAGUAAUAAUAAUUGAUUCUCCAAAGAGUUUUCAAAACCCACACUUUUGGCUUCAAUAAAUUACCUGUGCUUCAAAUACACAUUACAGAGCAGCACAAGGAGGGCCUUGAUUCAGCCUACACAUCAGAACACAUGAAACAUGCUUGACUUCAGCUUGUAAGUGCUUUACUCACUUGGGACCAAAGGAUAUCAUACUUGCCACGGCCAAACCCAAGGGAAUCUUGCCUUGUGCUUGAAUUGGAGCAAAGCUGGCCACAGAGUCUGUAUCUUUAUUUUGAAAUCUCAUAGCUAUGCCUAUAAGCGGUGAAACUGAACUGGUGGCUGCAUGGCUUGGUCAGUGGCAAAUUCUGAUAAUUUAGUAUUUCAUUAAAUUAUGAAAUAUAAAGUCAGCUUAAUAGCUGAUAUGCCUCAAAAUUCUUUUCCGGAGAGUAAGAAGGACAAAUCAUUUGACUCCACUCCCUUACUUUUAGCGUGUAUACUUCCACUGGAAGUUGGCUGUUGAAGCAUACUCUACAACAGAGAAAGGUGAAGCAAAACUUUCAGUAGGACCUGUGGUUUAGCGUGCUGAGACCCACAUCUUUAGUCAGAUGCUUCGUGCUUUGAUGUGGACCUUAGGUAGUUUGAGAAGUUUUGUUUGUGGACAGUUUGUGUGCCCAGAGCUGUCUGUGACUGUCAUCACAACCACUGAAUUACCAGUUCCUUCUGUGAUGUGCUUCACUGAGAACAUUCAACCAGUGCUAAAAACUGCAAUAGGAAUGUUGCACAUUUUGCAGGAUUGUGGCCAGAAUUCGGCUUAUUGAGGAGUUGCAUUCAUUCAUUUUUGAAAAUAAAUUUUAUUGAUGUUUUCAGUUUGUUUUUUAAGAAAUGCUUAAUUGCAUAAUUGAAAGUAUUUACUAGGGUUUUAAUGGAGAAUUAUUAAGGUGUAGUUAAUACAUCAGUAUUAUUAGAUUAAAUAAGAAUGUGCUCCAUGACAGCGUGUUCUAGUGGCAGGCUGAUCUGUCUUUCAUUUUUGGGCUUUGGAAAUCCAUUCACUCUCUCCUUAAGCAAAAGAAAGAAAACCUCUCAUUGAUUCAGGAGAAGCAAACUCAGGCCCUCACUGAAGUGUCUUCAGGCUUUAAACUCAGCAUCUUGAAGCAGUUCAGAGUUAAUUUCUCAGCUUUGCAGUAGAACAGGCUGCAUCAGCCUUAGCUGACCUUGGCUCCAGCGCGAUUUUCACCUCAUGAAUGCCAUAACGCUCCUGGAAAGCUAAGAAUAGACAUCAAAGACAGGAAGCUAAUAGUCCUGGUCGUAAAUUUCUUUGGCAAUUCAGUCCACCUUUUCCGGAGCUCAAGACAGUUCCACAUCCUUCACUACCCUCCUCUGUGCUUCAGAGUAGCCAUGUAGCCAUUCUGUUUCUUUAAAUAAAGAAGUUGAGGUUUUUUGCUCAUUUUCUCCCAGAGUGGAAUGAACACUGAAUUCCCUUGAAUUCCCUACUUUUUAAUGCCUUUUUCUCCAGAUUCAGAAGUACUCUGAAAAGAGACGGCUACUUUCCAUCGCGUAACCAGACCUGCUCCCAAUUCCCUGGGAGGUGGCUCUUCUGUAAUUUUGGUCCAUGCUUGUUGUCUUGCUGUUAAACCGCCUGCACACCUUGCACUGGCCAUGCCAGCCAGCUUCUGUUAGAGAGCUGGAGCCAGAAUUGCCUGAUGUUGCCUGUCAAGUAAACAAAGUUGAAAAAUUGGAUUAGCUAAAAACUUUAUGGGUUUAAGUGGAAUUUUGAGGCUGGCAUCCUUUUAAGAACAUCCAAGGCUGGCACUGCGAAUUGAAGGCAGUGAUUCCUCGGCACUCUUGUGCUGCAGGGCUGAGCUCACAGGAAGCACAAGUGGUCCAGGCAUGAGCAGAUUAUGUCAGGUGUUGUGAGCAACAGUUUUUACCCUAGUAAUCAUUGCUAAAAAUGACACUAAAUAUAUCAACUUGCCUGUGGGGCAGAUGGAAGCAGAUAGAGAUAUUUCCAGUGGUACGUUACUGUUUCUGUAGGUCAGGAACAUGUCCUAGUUACUUCUCUACAGCAGUGAAUGAUGAAGGGACACUUUCUGUGGCACAUCCUUUUCGGGAGGCAGCAUUGGCCCUUUUUAGAAACAAAGGUGACCAGAAGUUACAUUUUGGAAUAUAUUUUGAAGACGUGAUGGAAAAAGCUUUGCUUUCAGAUGCUCUGUGUGUACUCCCUUCCUCCCCACCUUUCUUCCUUGAUGUUGAAAGCACAAAAUGAUUUGUUUGAGUGUGUGAAAUCUUUCAAGUGGAAGGAUGGAAAUGUGUGCACUGUUCCCAUCUCUGGUUAGAGGGAGAAAUGAGUUCUGACUGCUUCAGACCUGUUUUGUUUUUUGUUUUUUGGUUUUUUUUCCAUUCUCAGAUACCUUUUAACAUCCUAACUUAGACUGAUGAAAAAUGAUUAACAAAGUUAAAACAGGUAGCUGUUUCUGAGAGACCUCAGACCUGGCUGUCUACAGGGGUCAACAAGCUGUUCUGAUUUGUUCAUGUCUUUUCUCUUCUGGAGGAUGACAGGAAGAAUAAGAACUUCAGCUUACCCCAGUAAACCCUUAAGUCUGGCAUGACUCUCUCCUUGCAUCUCUCCCCUUACCUCACUAAUAAAAGAAGAAAGGAUAAAGGUUAAUAUUGGAGUUUUUAAAAGGUCAAGGCUGGUUUUGAUUGAGACAAUAACGCUGCCAUGGCUUUGAGGCUUUUUUGGGCUCAUGUUUAGUUAUGUCCAGUGUAUCAUUACAUAGACUGUUUUAUUAUGCUAUUACUUCUUCCAGAAUUUACCUUUCAGAAUGCCUCUUAACAGACAUACAUCAAAUUUAUAACAUACAGAACUAGCUUUCAGAAGGAGAGGCUUAGAGUUCAUUCAAAAUCUCUCACUAACCACUAACUUAAUAUCCUGCAUCAAAGGCAAAAUAUUCUCAAUAAUAUGACACUGUUAAAAUGUGUAUGUUAAGCUGUAGUACUUCAUAAAAUCUUACGUGGACUCAUUAGGUGUUAUAUUUUGGAAAGGUUAAAAUCCACUCGGUGUAAACUGUUGCUUGGUGUUACUGUCAUGUGAAUGUUUCUAGAGGACACUUGAGCACACAAAGAACUGUACCAAAAAGGGUAUUUUAAAGUGAUCUCGUUUUAAUGGUUUCUUUCAUAAUCUCAGCUGGUAUGCACAAGGAACAUACAAUUCUUCCCCCUCAAACUAUGAUCAGGUGUCUUGCUAUUGAUAUGCGAAACCUUCAGCAGGGAUAAACAACACCGCUAUGUUGAUUCAUGCUUGUUGAUGGUCUGGACUUCUCUUCCUCUGUGAAAUAUGCAGUGUGACAAUGGAAGAAGCCACACUAAAAGGUCAAUAUCGUGGUUCCUAAUUCAUGGCCAGUUAUCCUGGUGCCGCAUAAGGUGAUAAACAUGUCCUCUUUUAUUUGGUAUAUCCCUUAUGUAGUUUUGUGGCAGAUAAUGCAAUGAAUUCUGCAGUAUAGGAUGCGGAGGUUGAAAAUAUCUGUUGUGGAUAUAGGGGAAAUACUCAGGAAUUGAUUAUUCUCCCAUGCUGAUAUUAUUGACUGUACUGAGCGGGAUCAAGCUCUGUCUGCACAGCACACUGUUUAUUGUUUAGUAACUGAUUUUUAGAGGCCCAACAGAAAGCUUGUUUGCAUUUUAAAUCCCUAUUACCUAACAUUUAAAUGGGAUUGAAGGGAUACAUAGGACCUGGCCAGGUUGUAUAUCAUGCUUGUAGGCAGAUACAUGUAAGUAAAAGUAUCUUCCUUGCUUUGCAGGUCUGAAAGUGCUGAGAUAACAUCAUAGAUAUAGAAAGGCAGGAUGAAAGCAGUGGGUAGAAUUUGCUGUGUUUCUUGUGCAUAAGGUGUAAUUAUCACAAAACAAAGAGGACUCAGGAUAGACACUGUGGACGUUAUCUUUGUCCCCUAUUUUGGGUGAUACUGUUCAUUAUUAAUGUAAAAAUACUGGACAACAGAGAAACCUAUUAUCAGUCUAGUAGAAAACGAAUGGAAAGCUGCACAGUAUAUUGUACUGAUGUAAGUAGAACUAUCUGCAUAUAAUGUGAUUUUAUUUAUUGUUGUUUUUGUGUAGAGAAGAGUGAGUAUUCAUGACUGUGGAUAUAACCUUUGUUUAUUUGUGUAAUGUAUUUUAUUUCUUUUACAACUUGGUCAUUUAAAAUACCUACAUUCAUUGGUGUCCUUUGACUUUUUAUUACGUGCAUUUUCUUUUACACACUUUAAAAAUGCAGUAUCACAUACCUAAAUUGUAACAAAAUGUUGCCAUUAAAGAAAUAGGAAUAUGAUAUCA